AUGAACAAGAUCAGGUCUAAGGUUGAGCUGGAGCUGCUGGGUGUGCCGGAUGAGUUAUCUCUGUUCAUCAACACAACAUGCCUGGAUGGAGAGGUCAUUGCAGGUGUCCGGUCCUGUGCCGGACUCAAAAUCGGAGAUAUGGUUUCAUUUAGCAUUGAGGCAAAACUUCACGGCUGCCCCAAAGAGAAGAGCUGGACCUUCAUGGUGAAGCCAAUAGGCUUUAAAGACACCCUUCAGGUGACUGUGGACUUUGCUUAUGAAUUUGACUGUCAGCAGUCCUCCGUGCCCGCCAGCCCGUCCUGUCAUCACAGCAAUGGUACCCUGGAGUGUGGCUUGUGCCUGUGCAAUCCGGGCCGACUGGGCUCUCGAUGCGAGUGCUCAGAGGCCGAAUAUAAACCCACCCAACAAGACAGCUGUAGCCCCGACCCAGCGGCACUGGUUUGUAGUAGGUGCGGAGACUGUGUGUGCGUCCAGUGUGCCUGUCGCUCGAUUGAAUUUGGGAAGGUUUGGGGGCCAUACUGUGAAUGUGAUGACUUCAGCUGCCUCUGCUGCAAAGGACAAAUAUGUUCAGGCAAUGGUGAGUGCAACUGUGGGACCUGUCACUGUAGCCCUGGAUGGUCCGGCGAGAGCUGGGACUGUUCGACCCACUACAUGGGAAGUGGAGGAAUGCUGUGUAGUGGGCGUGGCCACUGUCUGUGUGGCGUCUGUGAGUGCACACAGCCAGGAGCCUAUGGAUCAACCUGUGAGAAGUGCCCCACCUGCCCACAUGCCUGCACCAUUAAAAAGGAGUGUGUGGAGUGUAAACAUUAUAAGAGAGGGGAUCUGUAUGAGAAGAACUGCAAUCAUAUCUGCGGAGAUGAGAUUGCGCUGGUAGAUGAGCUGGUCUUUCAUGAGAAGAACGCCGUGAACUGCAGCUACAAGGAAGAGGAUGACUGCAUUCAGAACUUCCAGUAUUAUGAAGAUGCCAGUGGAAAAUCCUUCUAUCUUGUUAAAGAACCAGAGUGUCCUAAGGGUCCUGAUGUCUUGGUGGCCACUCUUUCGGUCGCUGGCGCGAUCCUGCUGCUGGGACUGACUGCACUCCUGGUGUGGAAGCUUCUGAUCACCAUUCACGACCAUCAUGAAUUUGCCAAGUUUGAGGAGGAGAAAGCCAGGGCUAAAUGGGAAGCAGCUAAUAAUCCACUCUACAAAGGAGCCACCAGCACCUUCCAAAAUGUAGCAUAUCGUGGCAGUUAA